CAAUAACAUUGGACUUUGCAGUUGCAAUUGCUGUUUUUAGGGUAAAAUCAAGUCGACGCGUAGUUGUGCUUUUCUUUUUAUUAUCGUUCCAUUCUCUGAUCGAGACAAUAUAUAGUUGUCUCUUUCUUACCUGUGCCCCAUACAUUACGCGGAAAGCAAAUGCAAUUCUUAUUCGCUUUCCACUUUAAUUCAACUUCAACCGGCGACAAAAACGGAUUUCCAGUGAAACGUGCAGAAAAGAGAAAUAUACAUACAUAAAUAAAAUAAAAUAGAAGCACAUUGACUUUAACGACAAAAAGAUUUGUUUGACGCAGUUACAAAUCUAAGCUAUUAUGGAGAACAAAAAGCUUUAUCCACCACCGCCUUCGUAUGCCGAUUUGGGUGAUAGCCCCACUGCCCCACCACCGGAAGAGCCAAUGCAAUUGAAUUCGCCGCCGCCUCCGAAUCCGUAUCAAUAUCAACAGAUACAAGAGUCACCGGCUCCAAAUCCUUACCAGUAUCAGCAGAUGGUGCAGUCGCCACCCCCACCGACUGUCAUCCAACCCCAGACUGUUGUCCAUCAUAACACUGUGGUGAUGAAUGCUCCUACCGGACCUGGUAUGACCUGUCCCCAUUGUCAUGCACGUGUCCGUGUGACUGUCGAACGUCAUGCCACUUGCAAUACUUGGCUAUUGGCCGGACUCCUUUGUCUCUGUUUUUGCUGGCCGUGUGUCUGUUUGCCUUGCUGCUGCAAUUGGUGCUACAGAACCUCUCAAUAUUGCCCCAACUGCAAGGCUUGCCUCGGCAGUUUCUAAGACGCUUGCCUUAGUUGUUUCUGUAAACAACUCAACUUAUAUACUUAUAUUUUUAUAUAUACAUACAUAUAUAUGCACAUACAUAUACACCACAAAAUGUAUACAUUUACAGACAUUUGCAGAUUCCACAUACACAUACAUAUGUAUAAAUAAGACUUUUUCCAUAUUUUACUCAGUCAGCAAUAAAAAACAAGGAGAAUUUGGAAAACA